AAUUUGAUAGAUUUACUGCUAUAUCUGAGUUAGACGUGGGGUGAAAUAUUCUCUGAUAUUUUUGAUAUACAGAACAACCAUGGACAUGAAUGUCCUCUACUAUUGAAAUUCCAGGUAUGCUAAUUCACUGCUGUCUGGAUUGGUUCCAUGAUAGGCUCCAUUUCAAAAACAUUUUCACUUCUUGAGUUCCCUUGUUUAUGUUUACAUUAUAGCAAGGCCUUCUUUCCAAGAAAGAAAUUAGACUGUAGCAGUCAUUUAAGACAAAAUUGUGUAUUCUUCAAUUCUCAUAUCUUAUAAUUGUUCUGGACAUUACAUAGCUUCCUGCCAAAGUUUAUCUUUACAGAUAUAACACAUGUGAAGUUAUAUUGAGAAAUGUACCUCUGCUUUGUGUCUUUGUCUUUCAGGCUUUUUGACAUGUUUCAAAUUCCUGUGCAAAAUCUUGAUAAUAUAAGACGAUCUCGGAAGAAAGUGAAGGGUAUUCUUGUGGAUAUUGGACUUGACAGCUGUCAAGAGUUACUCCAGACUCUGAAAAGUUUUGAUCCAGGAGAAAAAUAUUUCUCUAGUACUUCAUGGAAUGAUGUAUCUCAUUGGGACAAUGUUGCUAAAAGAAAGAGAUACAGAACAAAUCCAUAUUGCUGCAGCUUGUGCAAAUUUUCAUCAAAAUUUCUUAAUUCUUUCAAAAAUCACUUGACUCGCUACCAUGAAGAUGAAAUGGAUCAAGAGAUAGUUGUUCCUUGUCCAGAAUGUUCAUUUGCUUCGCAGUCUAAGAUAGUAGGAAAACACCUCCGAAUGUUUCACUCCAAGAAGAAAAUACAAAACUAUAGUGUGAGUGGUGGUAUGAGACAAUUCCGGAAUGAUGCAGUAAACUUUGUAUGCCAGAAAUGUCAAUUUAGUGACAUGCUGUACUACAAUACAAAGAAACAUGUGUUGGUAAGCCAUUUUCAAAAUCUAAUAAGCGCAUAUUUUGAAGAGAGGCCCGAUGAAAGCGAAGAGAACUUUACUGACCACUAUUGUAAAAAGUGUAAUGCUUUUGCAAAUAGCCGGGAUUCUUUAAUAUAUCACGUCUUAACAUCUGAAGUACAUAAAGAUCUGGAGAACAUAUUGGGACGUGUAAUUUCAGUUCAGCCUAAAAAAACAGGACAAACAAAGUCACUGCAGAUUAUCAAUAUUGCUCCCAAGCCGCCUACAACCGGUAAUGUUUCACAACUGAUUCCUACCUCUGUAGGAUCAAAUUCUACAUCACGUUUUCAGCUUUCACUUCCAUCAGUUAAUCAGAAUCAAAAUAUGGUGUCGACAAAAGCAGUUCAUAAUGUGGUUGCACCUUUGAAUGUUUCAGGUAGCGCCAAUAGUAUGACAGCUUCGACUUCUGCUGACCAGUUACAUAUUGCCCUUCUUUCCGGUCCUCGCCCAGCAAAUCAGAAUAGUGUUGGUCUUCAGCCUGCAGUUUCCCAACCAGUCUUUGUUUCUCAUCGUUUCCCCUUAAAACAGCCGGUAAGACCUAGAGUUUUUUGCCUAAAUCAACCCACAGGAAACAUAAGCAGAGCUGUUCCUCCAGGAGUCAUUUCUUUCACUCGACCUAUCAGGCCUUCUCUGCUUCCUGUAGGUAAUCAAUCAGUCAGAACUAUCAGCAGUCCAAUUAUGCCAGGGCCUGGAGCUAUUCCAGUUAACAGGCCUUCGUCACCUGGGAUCCUUGCCGUAAAUCAGCCUAUUGGUAGUGGGCCUGGAGUUCUUCCAGUUCCCCAGACAAUUACAUCGGGAGUUCUUCGGUUUAACCAUCCAGUCACACCAGGGGUUCUUCCUGUAAACCCAUCUGCUGGACCUGGGAUUGUGCAGUUUAAUCAGCCUGUUACACCAGAGGUUCUUCCAGUUAAUCAGUCUGUUAGACCUGGAGUGUCUCAGAAUGCUACUUUACUUACCACUGGACCUGUGCUCCGACAAUUAAUUCCAACUGGCAAACAAGUUAAUGGAAUACCUACAUACACUCUUGCACCAGUUUCUGUGACUUUGCCUGGGCCACCAGGUGGUGGGGCGGCAACUGUUCCACCGCCUCAGGUGCCUGUUCAGUUGAUGCCAUCUGUCCCAGUUGCCCAGCUUUCUCAGGGUCCUGCUACUGUACCAUCCCCUGUCGCAGUAAGUUCUUCUACAAAUACUCUUACCAAGACUUCUCCAACCAGUACUGCAAUGAAUCUAGUUCUCAAGCAGGCUAAGCAAUGGAAGACUUGCCCUGUUUGUAGUGAGCUUUUCCCAUCAAAUGUCUAUCAAGUGCACAUGCAAGUGGCCCACAAAUGUAGCACCUCUAAGACAGAGGUGACUCGUGAAAUAGACAAAGUUGCUGUCUGUGCACCUUUUCUGAGGUGGCUAAAAGAUAAGACAGUGAGAUGUUUUUCUUGUAAAUGCUUUCUAACUCAGGCAGAGCUUUUAAAACAUAUUUUUAUCCAUGGGUUAACUUGCCUUUUCUGCACCAGUAUUUUCUAUGAUUUAAAAAGCCUUGUGACUCACACCCAAUCUGUGCAUAACGGAAAGAAGGAGCUGCACUCAGAUUACAAUGAUAAAGGGUUUCAGCUUGCAAGUGAUUCUGAAGGUCAUCUAAUAUUCCCUCAUUUUGACUUCAGUAUAACUUCAAAAGAACUUUGUGAAAGAGAAGUACAUCUUGUUGUACUUGCUGGUGUAAAUUCAAGGACACUUAUUCCUUUGUAUAUCAAACUGCAACAAGAGGAUGCCGAAACGAGCAGAGAGAACAAGAAAGUUUCUACUUGCCCUUUUUGUUAUGGUAUUUUCACUAACACCGAUGCUUAUGAAAUGCACUUGAAAGAGCGGCACCACAUCAUGCCAACUGUGCAUACCAUUUUGAAGACUCCUGCUUUUAAAUGUAUCCACUGCUGUGGAGUAUACACUGGCAACAUGACUCUAACAGCUAUAGCUGUGCAUCUGCUUCGAUGCCGGAGUGCUCCUAAGGAGACCUCGCCAGCUAUGAAGAUGCAGGUUGACCUUGAUGAGAAGCAGGAUCUACCACUUAUGAAUGGGGAGAACCAUGAGGAUGCUUCUCUUUCAGCCAAGAGGAAACAGUCUGAUCAUCUUUAUGCUGCUGCUGUUUCAGAAGACCAAAGCGACGAGGAUCCGCCAUUCUUCAUUAUAAAUAACGGUACAGCCCAAAUUCCAGUAAAGGAGGUGAAUUGUGUGCCUUCAAAACGACAAAAGUCUGAUCAUAAAACUGAAACCAAGGGAGAGACUUCAGUUGAAGAUCUUGAUUUGUUGGUGUUGAAUCCGAAGCCAUUCCAACAAAGCUCAAAUGAAGUCCAAAAAAGGUUUCUUGCAGAUUAUUUUCACAAGAAGCCAUAUCCCAGUAAAAAAGAACUAGAAUUGCUGUCAUCCAUUCUAUGUGCAUGGAAAGUGGAUGUUGCAUCAUUUUUUGGGAGAAAGAGAUACUUCUGCCUAAAGGCAAUAAAAAACUUUAAGCCAUCCGUGCUUUUGGGCUUUAGUAUGUCAGAACUUAAAAAUGUAAAGCACAGUUUGAAUUUAAAAUGUGAAUUGGAGGAUGUAUAAUUUUUUUUCUUAAAAAAGUAAUCCUGAUAUCAGGCAACCAA